AUGGCAUUGAACUCCAAAACUUUUCCGUUGCUGCCGAGUGACGCCGGCACGGGUCGUCCGAUCCUGAUGUCAUCAAGAAGAGAAAGAAAGAGACUCGCGACCCUAAACCUCGCGACUCUGAAUGUCAGGGGAUGUGCCUCCCAAAUCAAAAGGAACCACCUCUUCAAGGUUAUGGAAAAUAGAAAUCUGGCAUGCCUCGGUAUAACAGAAACAAAGAUGAAGGAAUCCCUGAUUGAAGAUGAAGGACCAUUCAAACUGAUAAUCAUGCCAUCUACCUCGAUUCACCAUGGGGUAGGAUUUGGUGUCCGAAAAGAACUGGCAGGCCCCUGGAGAAGCAUUUCGAACAGGGUGGGAGCACUGAAUCUAAAGAUGCCAAAUCUCGAGGCUAACAUUAUAGUAGUCUAUGCUCCAACAUCACCAGUCUGUGAAAAGCAUCCGGAAGAAAGAGAAAAGUUCUACAAGGACAUAGAAGAAGCUUGGGCAAAAGACAAAGUCAACAUCCUGCUAGGAGACUUCAACUCCAAGGUUGGAAGACGAUGUGAUGAUUACCCAAAAAAUGCUGGCUCCUUCUCGAUGGGCACUAGAAAUGAAGGAGGGGCCUCUCUCCUAAGUUUUGCCCAAAGAAAAGACAUGAUCUUGACUAACACCUUGUUCAAGAAGAAGUUUGGAAUGAGAGCUACCUGGUGUGGGCAAGUAGGGGCCAAAAAGAUCUACAAUCAAAUAGACUACAUCUUGGUCCCCAACAAAUGCAGACACCUGAUCACAAACAGUGAAAGUUACAACACCCGAGAUGUUGAAACAGAUCACAGACUGGUAGUUACAAGCCUGCAGAUGAAAAACACACCAGGUAAAAAGAAGAGAUGGUUCCAGACUAGCUCGAAACCAGACCUGGAUGCACUUCAAGAUCCAUCAGUGUGUGAAAACCUGAAGGAGAGGGUCUUUGAGUACAAGGAAGGUCACGAGGAAGAGG